CAAGGUCCUGAAGUUGGCUGCCUAGAUUACAGAGCCAAAGAUUAAAUAGCGUACUUGGCCAAUAGUAGCAGCACAAGGCUUCAGCAGUUACAGACUCGACGCCUGUGCUUCCUUCCAGGAAAAAGCAUGUUGGCCCUUUUCAUAUAAAAAAGAUGCAACAGGCAAGUAAAAAAAGAAGCCUUUGCAAUAUCAAGAACAAGAAUGCUUCUUCCCAGUAAACCACAUUUCUUCAAGCCUCUGCUUCCAGGUUUUGAGCAUGAAUUUUUAAUUCCUGUCUCAUUUUUCAAGUACUUGAAAGGACAAGAGUGUAAAAAUGCUGUAUUGAGUAGCUGUCCUGGGAAGCUUUGGCCUAUUAAGAUCAAUGGUAGAAGAUUUGAAGAUGGUUGGAAAGAGUUUACUAGACAUCAUGACUUGCAUGUUGGUGAUUUCUUGGUUUUUAGACAUGAAGGUGAUAUGCUUUUUCAUGUCAAGGUGUUUGACUCAAGUACUUGUGCCAGAGACUACCCUUUCUUCUCUAUAAAAGAGGAGAAAAUUGAAAUUCACGAAGAAGAACCUGCACAAAAAUCUAGUCCUAAGAAGUCCAAAAAUCAGAAGCAAUAUGCAAAAGCUAGUUCUUCUGUUCUCGAACGCCCUUACUUUGAGAUAAAACUGACAUCUUAUAGCGCCAAGAAAUCUAGACUGCAUAUGUCAACGGAUUUUGCGAGGCUACAUGGUCUAAUCAAUAGGCGCUGCAAGAUGAUUGUUAUGGAUGAAGAGGGAAGGUCUUGGCCAACAAUGCUGUGGUACAAAAAGUCAGAUGGUCAAGUUUUUAUUGGAUGUGGUUGGACUAGCUGUCGCAUUGUGAAUGAUCUUAAGCAAGGAGAUAGAUUGAGAUUUGAGCUCAUUAAGAAUGGGAAAAGGCCUUUAUUGAAAAUGAAUAGAUUACAAGCAAACACUGAGGCUAAAAGGGACCGGAACUAUGAUGGUGAACAAGCUGGUUCUUCAUCAACCAGACGUCACAGUGUUAAUGCAACUUCUAAGGCAUCUUACUCUAGAGACUCUCAACUGAAAAUCCCCAAAAAUGAAGUAGCAACAGAAUCUGGUUCCAGUAAGCCCCAAAAGAAAAAGCGACCCACAACUUCCUCAAAAGCAAAAGCUUGUCCUUCUGGUCUUCAACACCCUUUCUUUUUGGUAAACAUGAAAUUUUGCAGAACCAAUUUGUAUAGAAUGCAGUAUAUUCCCAUGAAGUUUGCAAGGCUGCAUUGUCUAGACAAUAGAUGCUGCAAGAUGAUUCUUAUCGAUCAAGAGGGAAGGUCUUGGCCAGCAAAACUAUGGUGCAGAAAAACAGAUGGUCAAGCUUAUAUUUCAUAUGGUUGGAGAGCAUUCUCUGUUGCUAAUGACCUUAAGCAGGGAGAUUCUUUCAUUUUUGAGCUCAUUGGGAAUGGGAAAAGGCCGGUACUGAAAAUACAUAGGUUAGAAACAAAUCCUAAGACUGAAGAGGAGCAGACUUAUAAUGUUGCACAAGCUGGCUCUUCAUCAACCAGACUUCCCCAGGUUGCUAUUACUGUGAGAGCAUCUUACAUUAAAUUCUCUCAAUUGAGAAUUCCAAUCAAUUUUGCUAGGAGGCAUAAUCUAGCUAGAGAAUGCUCCAAUGCGACCCUUAUGGACGAGAGAGGAAGGUCAUGGCUAGUUUCACUUAAAGUCAAGUACAAGGACAUAUAUAUAGGAUAUAAAUGGAGUGCAUUUGCUGCAGAAAAUUGUGUAAGAGAAGGAGAUGUCUACAUGUUAGAACUCAUUAAGGGAGGAGAGAAGCCUGUAUUGAGAAUAUAUGCAAUUCUGUCGGCAUUUCCUGGAGUUUCUAGCUGCAGCUUGAGACCAUUGUCCCAUCAUAUUGUGACACAGGAUUACAGAGAUUGUGGUAAUGAUCUUAGCUUGGGAAUAUCAAUUCCUGUAUCAUUUUUCAAGCACUUGAAAGGAAAUAGACGUGAAAUAGCUGUACUAAGGAGCACUGCUGGGAAGCUUUGGCAUGUGAAGAUCAAUGGAAGGCGGUUUGAAGAUGGAUGGAAAGAUUUUGCUAAAUAUCAUGACUUGCAUAUUGGUGAUUUCUUGGUGUUUAGACACGAAGGGGAUAUGGUUUUUUAUGUCAUGGUGUUUGAUCCAAGUGCCUGCGAGAGAGAAUAUACUUCCUUUAAUGUAAAAGAAGAGAUGGAAACAUCAGAAGAAGAAAAAGAACCAGCAAAAACCUCUGAUCUUAGAAAGUUCACAAAGAACAAGCAAAUCAUGAUUAGCGUAGAAGGAAAAGGUAAUCCUCCUGUGUUUGAAAACCCCCACUUUGCGGUGAAUAUGACAUCUUACACUGCCAGUCAUCCUAGAAAGUUUAUUUAUCUUUUCAAGCAGAAUAUUCCAAAGAAAUUCGCAGAGGCAAAUGGUCUUUACAAUAGAUACUGCAAGAUUGUUCUUGUGGAUCAAGAAAGUAGGUCUUGGCUUGCGGACUUAGGUUACAAGAAGUCAGACGGUACAGUUUACGUUAAAGAUGGUUGGAGUACUUUCUGCAUUGCUAAUGACCUUAAGAAAGGAGAUUCUUUCAUUUUUGAGCUCAUAAAGGAGAAGAAACCUACACUGAGAAUGAGUAGGCUGAAACGAAGUCUCAAGACCAGAAAGGUUGGCUCUUCAUUAACCAAAGAUGCUCAGUUUUCUGUCACCGUGAAGGCACCGUAUACUAAGAACUCCCAACUGAAAAUUCCAAGAGAUUUUGCAAGGAGGAAUAAUCUAAACAGAGAGUAUGCCAAGAUGAUCCUUACAAAUGAAAAAGGAAGCUCAUGGACAGUAUCACUGGAAAAAAAUAGUAGCAGCAAUGACAUUUAUAUAGGACGUGGGUGGAGUGCAUUUGCCGCAGCAAAUGGCAUAAGAGAGGGAGAUGAAUUGAUGUUAAAAGUCAUCAAGGGAGGAGAGAAGCCUGUGAUGAGAAUCUGUGGUAAAAGCCAAGGCACAAAGAGGAACAGGAAAUGCAACAUGAAGACCACUCGGAGGUGGAGCUUUGAAGAUUAUGAAGAUGUUGCAACAUGAAGACCACCCGAAGGUGGAGCUUUGAAGAUUAUGAAGAUGUUAAGGAAAUUAUAGAGUUGCUAGCAAAUAGUUCUUUUUCAGCAGAUCAUGUAAAAUAUGGCAGGAUUUUUGCAUCAGCAAUCAGUUUUUACUUUUGAAAGUUGGAAAGCUUAAGAGUUUUGUCUGCUAGAAGUAGAACAUGCUCCUUUCGGUAUCAAUACAAUUAUGUAAAUGGUAUGAAAGGUAGAUAUUGACUGCCUUCCAGUUAGCACAGCAGUUGUAGUUAAUGAUAUUAACAUGCCAUUUCUAUU